GCCAGGCAAAACAAAACCAGCAAGGGGGUGCCGCUGGCUGCCGCCCUUUCAAGUCAAGAGGGAGAGGCCGGGAAGAUGUGCGCGUCUUCGUAGAAGGUGGCCGAGAAGAGCCAAUAUCGGGGAAAGGCCCGCAGCAUCUAGGAGGGGCCAACUCUCAACGACCGGGCACCGCUCCCACAGACCCUCCACACAGGAAAUCGUGGCCUAUGCAAAGCAGGACCUCAGGUUUCCCCGGUGGCGAUAAACGCGGGCGCCGCCUGGGCAAAGCCAUUCCCGCCCACCUUCCCGCGUGAAGCGAACAUCCGCCCACCCGUGACGAAAGGAAAGCGGUGGCAUCAGGGAUUCCGGGCGAAUCCGGAGACAAGCGGUUCGGGAAAAGGAGAGAGAGGAGUCGCUGAGCGGCUCAACCCGGCGCGAUUAUGGAGACUUUCUGCGGCUCCAGCUUUUGGGAUUCGAAUCUUACACUGUACGCUGAAAAUCCAGACUUAACGUUGUGUUUCCAGAACACUAUCUUGGCUUGGAUCCCAUGCAUCUAUCUUGGGUGCAUAUUGCCAUUUUACCUCCUUUAUCUAAAAUACAAUAAUCGAGGCUAUAUUGUAUUGUCUAUGCUGAACAGGUUCAAAACGGCCUUUGCUUUUGUGCUUUGGGGGGUUUGCUGGUCCAAUCUUUUCUAUGCCUUCCAUGAAAUCACGCAGAACAGAACUCCAUCACCUGUGUAUUUUGUAACGCCUUUAAUUGCUGGCAUCACAAUGCUGGCAGCCAUGUUGCUCAUCCAGUAUGAAAGACUUCAUGGUGUCCAGUCCUCAGGGAUCCUAAUCAUCUUCUGGUUCUUGUGUGUGCUGUGUGCUGUUGGUCCUUUGAGAUCCAAAAUCCUUGGUUCUCAAGCUCAGGAUCAAAUUGAAGGCAGAUUUAGGAUGAUCAUGUUUUAUAUCUACUUUGCACUGAUCCUUAUUGAAUUUAUUCUUUCGUGUUUCAAAGAAAAGCCUCCGUUCUUUUCUCCUGUGAAUCUAGAUCCGAAUCCCUGCCCAGAAUUAAAUUCUGGUUUUCUUUCAAGGAUAACAUUUUGGUGGUUCACAAGUUUGGCAAUACAAGGCUAUAAGAAGCCUCUUGAAGAUAAAGAUUUAUGGUCUCUGAAUGCCGAUGAUAAAUCCGAAGUGAUAGUCCAAAACCUCCAGAAAGAGUGGGACAAACAAAAACAACGUGGGAAAUUGAAACAUGAUGUAUCUUAUACAAAGGACUCUAAUCAGGAGAUGAAUCACAUAAAUGAAAGUCCAGGAGAAACAGAACUCAUGUUAGACAUUCCCACUAAGGAGAAAGAACCUUCCUUUUUCAAAGCCUUACUCAGAACUUUUGGCCCUUAUUUUUUAAUUGGCUCCUUCUUCAAAGUAAUCCAAGAUCUGUUGUCUUUUGUCAAUCCCCAGUUGUUAAGCAUGUUAAUUAGCUUUGUGAAGGAUAAAGAUGCUCCCUUAUGGUGGGGAUACCUGAUUGCGGCGUUGAUGUUUCUCUGUGCUGUGCUGCAGACAAUAAUCCUUCACCACCAUUUCCAGUACUGCUUCAUUACUGGAAUGAGGCUGAGAACUGGCAUUGUAGGGAUGGUCUAUAGAAAGUCUUUAGUCAUCACCAACUCAGCAAAGCGCUCUUCCACUGUUGGAGAAAUUGUCAACCUGAUGUCAGUGGAUGCCCAGAGAUUCAUGGACCUGACUACCUUCCUCAACAUGCUGUGGUCUGCACCACUUCAAAUCUUCCUUGCUUUAUACUUUCUCUGGCAGGCUUUGGGGCCUUCUGUGUUGGCAGGAGUGGCUGUGAUGGUUCUACUCAUCCCACUGAAUGCUGUGAUUGCUAUGAAAACCAGAGCAUUCCAGGUAGAACAGAUGAAGUACAAAGAUGCCCGCAUUAAGCUAAUGAAUGAAAUUCUAAAUGGCAUAAAAGUACUGAAGCUCUAUGCUUGGGAAUCAUCCUUUGCAGAAAAAGUACUGGAGAUUCGGCAGAAUGAACUUCGGGUUUUGAAGAAAUCUGCCUAUUUAAAUUCUAUAUCAACCUUUGCAUGGAUCAGUGCGCCAUUUCUGGUUGCCUUGACUACCUUCGCUGUCUAUGUCAGUGUGGAUGAGAAGAAUGUUCUUGAUGCAGAGAAAGCCUUUGUGUCACUCUCCCUAUUUAAUCUCUUAAGGUUCCCACUCAACAUGCUUCCUCAGGUCAUUAGUAAUAUUGUACAGACAAAUGUUUCACUACAAAGGAUUCAACACUUCUUGUCACAUGAUGAACUUGAUCCAAACUGUGUGGAAACCAAGUCAAUUACUCCAGGAUAUGCAGUUACCAUAAGGCAAGGAACAUUCAGCUGGGCAAAGGAACUUGACCCAGCUCUGAAGGAUAUAAAUUGGCUAGUCCCCAGUGGUUCUUUGGUAGCCAUAGUGGGCCAAGUUGGCUGCGGGAAGUCUUCCUUGGUGUCAGCUCUUCUUGGUGAAAUGGAGAAACUCAGUGGAGAUGUGGCUGUGAAGGGUUCGAUUGCUUAUGUACCCCAGCUACCUUGGAUCCAGAAUGCUACUUUGAAAGAUAAUAUUUUGUUUGGCCACCCUCUUAACGAGCUGAAAUAUCAGGCUGUGUUAGAGGCAUGUGCCUUGAAACAAGAUCUUGAGAUGCUUCCUGGAGGAGAUCAAACAGAAAUAGGUGAGAAGGGCAUCAAUCUUUCAGGGGGCCAGCGGCAACGAGUGAGCCUUGCCCGUGCUGUGUUCAGCAACACUGAUGUUUAUUUGUUAGAUGAUCCUCUUUCAGCAGUAGAUUCUCAUGUGGCAAAACACAUCUUUGACAAUGUUAUUGGACCAGAAGGAGCACUUAAAGGAAAGACUCGAAUUUUGGUGACCCAUGGCAUUCAUUUUUUGCCUCAGGUGGACUACAUCAUAGUUGUUGUGGAUGGUAGAAUCUCUGAAAUGGGAUCCUAUCAAGAGCUUUUGCAACAAAAUGGGUCUUUUGCAGAGUUCCUCCACAAUUAUGCACCUGAUGAAGAUAUAGAAGAAGAUGAGCCAACAAUAAUGGAGGAUGAAGAGGUUCUGCUUGCUGAAGAUACUCUCAGCAACCACACAGAUCUGGCAGAUAAUGAACCAAUCACAAAUGAAGUCCGCAAACAGUUCCUAAGGCAACUCAGUAUAAUAUCUUCAGAUGGUGAAUUAUCUAGCAAAAAGUCUACCAAACGAAAGUUGUGUGACAAAAAGUCCAUGGAGCCUCCUCUAAAAGGCACUUCUGAGAAACUCAUCCAGGCAGAAACUGCUGAAACCGGCACAGUCAAAUUUACUGUUUUCUGGCAAUACAUGAAGGCUGUUGGUCCUCUUAUAUCUUUGUUGAUAUGCUUGCUGUAUUCCUGUCAAAACGGUGCUGCAGUUGGGGCCAAUGUAUGGCUCAGUGUGUGGACCAAUGAUCAAGUGAUAAAUGGGACUCAACAGAAAGUGAAAAUGCGAAUUGGAGUCUAUGCUGCCCUGGGUAUCUUGCAAGGGCUGUUUGUUCUGAUCUCCUCCUUUUCCCUAGCCAUGGCUGGCAUCAAGGCAGCCCGUAUUCUGCAUGCAGCACUGCUAGAAAAUAAGCUUCACACUCCGCAGUCUUUCUACGAUACAACUCCAACAGGCCGAAUCAUUAACCGCUUUUCUAAGGACAUCUAUGUGAUUGAUGAAGUGAUCCCGCCAACCAUACUGAUGUUUCUUGGGACCUUCUUUAAUUCUGUAUCCACAAUGAUUGUGAUCAUAGCAAGCACUCCGCUAUUUGCUGUGGUUAUAAUACCUUUAGCAGUUUUGUAUUAUUUUGCACAGCGAUUCUAUGUAGCUACCUCUCGUCAAUUAAAGCGACUAGAAUCCGUUAGCAGAUCCCCCAUAUAUUCACAUUUUUCGGAAACAGUCACAGGAGCCAGCAUCAUCCGAGCAUACAAAAGAGAGAAGUCUUUUAUUUACACCAAUGACACAAAGGUGAAUGACAAUCAGAAAAGUUACUAUCCUGGAAUUGUAGCCAACAGGUGGCUGGGAGUUAGAGUUGAAUUUGUGGGCAACUGCGUAGUAUUCUUUGCAGCCCUUUUUGCUGUACUAAAUAAAAACAGUUUGAAUGCUGGCCUCGUUGGACUUUCUGUAUCUUACGCACUUCAGGUGACAAUGUCUCUGAACUGGAUGGUACGAAUGACAUCUGAUCUGGAAAGCAACAUUGUGGCUGUAGAAAGAGUGAAAGAAUAUUCUGAAAAUGAAACUGAGGCUCCCUGGAUCAUUGAGGAUAAAAGACCUCCAAAGGAAUGGCCCACCCAGGGAGAAGUGGUCUUUACAAAGUAUUCUGUCAGGUAUAGGAAAGGGUUGGAUUUGGUGUUGAAAGACCUCAGCUUGGGUGUAAAAGGUGGAGAAAAGGUUGGGAUUGUUGGACGAACUGGAGCUGGCAAAUCCUCAAUGACCCUCUGCCUCUUCAGGAUACUAGAAGCCACAAAGGGAGAGAUUACCAUUGAUGGGGUGAAAAUUGCAGAUAUUGGCCUUCAUGACUUGCGAUCCAAGCUAACUAUAAUUCCCCAAGACCCUGUUCUUUUUUCUGGAACACUCCGAAUGAAUUUGGAUCCAUUUAAUAAAUAUUCUGAGGAGGAACUAUGGAAAGCCCUUGAACUGUCCCAUCUGAAGAGGUUUGUCAGCAGUCAGCCUGCUAUGCUCGAAUUUGAAUGUUCAGAAGGAGGAGAAAAUCUGAGUGUUGGCCAAAGGCAGCUUGUUUGCUUGGCAAGAGCUCUCCUUCGCAAAACAAGGAUACUUAUUCUGGAUGAAGCCACAGCAGCAAUUGACCUUGAGACAGAUGAUCUCAUUCAGAUGACAAUAAGAACGCAGUUUGAAGACUGUACUGUACUAACAAUUGCUCAUAGACUGAAUACAAUUAUGGAUUACACCAGAGUCCUAGUUCUGGACAGAGGAAGAAUUGCAGAGUUUGACUCUCCUUCAAAUCUUAUUGCAUCCAGAGGGAUUUUUUAUGGUAUGGCUAAAGAUGCCGGAUUGGCAUAACAGCAAGCUACUCUGCUCCAUUGAAGGAGUGAUUAUUGGGCUGUUAUUUUCACUCCAAAAUAACAUCCUGAAUGAACUGUGCUUUUCAGAGCAGGCCUAUCAGAUUUAGCGAGAGAAGCAAAACUGUUUCAUAGGACUGAGAAACAGAAAAUGUCAUUUUCUAUUUUAAAAUAUAUUUUCUACAUACUGAGAUAUUUUUAAUUGAGAAACAUCUUAAGUAAUUGGAUACAAGUACAUAUGCAUACCUGUACUCUAUUUCAUUUCUAAUAAAUUACAUUUGAUAAUAUAAAAAUACUAAAGUCUUCCUAUUAGUUCCCAUUUCUAGUGGACAUGUAUUUUAAAGGUGGCACCUGAAAAAAUACUUUGUUUUUGAACUCAGAAAUAACUAACUGGGGCCACAGCUGGAACUUCUAAUUAAUAAUCACUGCAACUCUGUUUUUGUUUCUUUAUAAAUUUCUUCAUGAAGUUAACUUCAGUCAAAAAGCUGUGCAUUUGAUCAGUUGGUUCUCAUGGCAUGGCAGACAAUAAUGAAUUUUUUAAGGUAAAAAUGUUUGUUGAACUCUUUGCUGGGAUUGUUAAUCUUCCACAACAAAACUAGCAUACAAUUAUUUGAAUUAAAGAUAAAGGUGAACCAAU